AUGCCUGAAGAGCGAUUCUCUGAUCUCGCAGCGAUCGCCAUGUACUACUCCGAGAGAUUCGAGGAAGACGAGAUAUGCCAAACCUUUGUAAAGGCUCAUCCAAAAAGGCUCUCUCAAGCUAGUCUGUUUGAUUAAAUACAUGUAGGCGGGUAAAAGAGACAAACAACUCUCGUUGUUGCACUGCACUCAGUCCUUAAUAAUAGUGUCUCAAAUUUAUGCCUCUGAAAUCAAAAUGAAGAAAAUCUACACAUUCAAACAUAACCCUAACCCUAACGCUCCCCUCCCCCAUUCCUUUGGCCCUGGGAAGUUUGCCUUCAACUCUCAUACUUACAACGCCCAAAUCCCCGAUCCGCCUCUGCCGUGAUUCCUGAUAGUUUUAUCAGUUUGGUUUUCAAAUAGAGUUUGUAUACAUAUUUUGAAGCUUAUGAGCGUGGCUAUAAGAUUACAUUUUAAACAUUUUUGCUGCUCAAAGCCUUUUUAUUUAUGAAACUACUCCAACGGUUUCACUUUUGAAGCACGUUCCAAUGAGCUACUUGAAAUCUAUUUAAAAUCACUGCAUAACCAACAAAGGGCAUGCUAUCAGUAUGAUUGAUAACUUUGUACUAUGCUUUCCCUAAGGGUCCUUGAAUACUCCUGCGAACAUUUUAUCGUUUUCCAUACAAUUAAACUUCAGAUUACGUUAAAGCAGUUAAAGAAAUUCCGGUUCUUUGCUUUGAACGGACACUUUGGCGACGGCUUAGUUCGCUCUCCGAUUGACAUGAAUAAGAUAGCCUUUAUUUUAAAACGAUGAAAAUUAAAGCUACAUGAGCUUGUGGGGUCGUUUGCAAUUAACUAAUUACAAGUAAACUAAAAAGCUAAAAACUAGGGGUAUAUACAGACAAAAUGUUUGAACUAAAUGAACGCUUACAAAUAUGAAAUUAUGAGCAUAAAUUUAAGUAUAUACAAAGUCAUCUUUUCUAAAAUUACAAGUGGAUGCAGACGUUAUCUUAAAGCUGAAUUCAUUAAAAUUAGCUUGAGAUUUAAGCUUUAGCCUGAGAUCACGAUAAGGAAUGUUUUUUGUCAGGGCACUACAGUUGUUGGUCACUGCAUUCCACAGGACUGAGCCUCUAAACGCGACAGAGUCUUUCAUGUAACGCGUGUUGAAGCGUGGAACAAUUAAAGAAGCGCAAGUCCGGGUUGAAUAGUUUGUGGCCCGUUUCUUAGAAAUCAGGUCGAUUAAUGUGACAGGUAACCUAUCGUGGAAAGCUUUAUGAAGACAGAUAAAAAUGGCUAAUUUAUAAUGAAUAGACAGAGUCGGCCAUUGGGCCAGUUGUAGGACAUCAGCAGAUGCCAUGUCUUUCGGCAAAUGAAAGAUAAGUCUCGCAGCCCUGCAGUGAAGUCUUUCCAGGGAAUCCUAUUUAUUUUUACUUUAAAGAACAUUCGGCAAACUUCUAGAACUUUUAUAAAUAUAUUUUUUUUUAAUCACCGCAUAACCAAAAAAAGGCAUGCUAAUCAGUAUGAUUGAUAACUUUGUACUAAGCUUUCCGUAAGAGUCCUUGAAUUGACUCCUGCGAACAUUUUAUCGUUUUCCAUACAAGUAAACUUCAGAUUACGUUAAAGAAAUGCCGGUUCUUUACUUUGAACGGACACUUUGGCGACGGCUUAGUUCGUUCUCUGUUGACAUCAAUCCUAUUCAUUUUUACUUUAAAGAACGUUCGGCAAACUUCUAGAACUUUUAUAAAAAUAGCCUAUUUAACAGUGAGACUAUUAAGCACUUCCGUUAUCUACACUUGCGGUUUGCAGUUGGGUACAGAACACUUGUCCUAAAGACCCCUAUCUUAAUAUAAUCACAGUAGGGAAUAGCUAUUUCUAUUUCGCCUAUUUUAGAACUUUUAGUCUACAAUGGGUUUAAGUUGCUUUUAUUUUGCAGAUUCACCCACAGCCCAGCAGGAGGCAUGUUUGCUAUUAUUUUUCAAAUAGACUGGCAAGAAGGUUAGAAUGCUUUCAUGAUAAUAUAAACCCAUUAAAAUAAUCGGCUAACAUGAGGAAAAAACAGACGCUAAAUUUUAGAUUUCAUAUACUCCCAAAGAAACCAUGAAUGAGCUAAAAAUUGAAGAAGACCUUCGACAUUUAAUAGCAAUAAUCUUUUUACGUUAAGCGUUAAUCGCUGGCUGACUGAAUUGCAAGAUACUUAUCAGAAUGGAAAAGGCUCGAAGACUGAAUUGCUUGUCAAGGAAAAUCUGAUAAUACAGGUACACAAUUUAAAGAAAGUUGUAUCGUCCAAUAGGUUUUACAACACCAGAGCAAUCAGAAUUAAAGUCGGUGCUAAAUUUUUCUCCAAAAAAUGCUAGUGUUAAUUACGGAUCAAAGCUAGCGGCAAGGAAUGUUCCCAAUUAACUCAAAUGACCAACGAACAGUCACGAACAAACACUGAAGUAAUUAAGAAUACUUAUUACAGCAAAAUAACCUUAGUCACUCAGAUAUCUGGACUGAAGAAAUUGAAUUGACACAAUCCCUUAAUGAUUGUCAUGGGUUUAAUUAUCUCUCAGUUCCACAAUCGUGAGUAAUUAUCGGUGAAGUUAAAUAUAUUAAACACAGGCUCUACUGUUUAUUACACUGCUGAUAAUUGUGGUCAAAUUAUAACAAAAUCAGUCCGCAUUUAAAAUACGAACGAAAAACGUCAUGUUCUUUAAAUUACCUCACUAAAGGGACACGUAUCCCAGAUGCCGUGUUUCUGCGUCUACAUCAUUCAAGGCGAAAAUCGGCGAAAAUGUUGUCUUAUUUUCUCCUCACCUGCGUAUUUAGCACUGCAAUAUGGGAAGGAGAUUCAAUAAACUAAUUUGCGCACACAAGGGCUACACACAAGGGCUUUCUGUUCGUGUUAAAUUAGCCUGAAGGCGAACAACUGAGAAUCGCUAAUAAGGUACUCUGAUCGCAAGUAUAUCCUUUCCCAAAACUUUGAGUGUGUGUAGCCGCUGAUCACCGAGUUGAUUUUGUACGUUUUUCAGCCCACUUUGCUUCACUGUCUAGAGGGCACUGUUUCUCCGACAGAAGACCAAAGCUCCAACGAUGAGGAACGGACUCCACAGUGUGAUCAGACGGCUGGCUAUAUGUAUUCGUCUGUUUGCUCUCUUAGUUCAUGA